AUGGGAACCAUGGCGAUUCCGCGGAUCAUACCCAUCGUCCUUCUCCUCCUGUUCGUCGGCUCGUGCUCAGCCUACCUGGCCCCGUCAACCCUGGCGGACCGCCGUUCUCUGCUCAUCAAAUCCACUCCGAGGUCAGCAAAUGGCCGCAACGCGAAUGCUAGACCCGCUCCUGUGACUCCCAGGGCUGUCCGCGCGGCGAAUGAUUCCGAGUCAAGUGAUUCUGGCGAUUCAAGCGAGUUAAGCGAGUCUGGCGCGCAUAAAAACGCGUCAAAUUUUCCGUCUGAAGUGAAGUCUGGUCCCGCGCUCCCUCCGCGUGCUCCCCAUCAUCAUGUCGACAUACUCGACUAUGCUGGCGCGGCAGUCACGGAUGCGGGGAACAAUGGCCUGGGCACGGACGCGGCGGGCGCGGGCAUUGCGGGCAAGGGUGGCGCGGCGGGAAAGGGUGCGGCGGGCAACGACGUAGUGGGCAAGGGUGGUGCGGCGGGAGGUGGUGCGGCGGGCAACGACGCAGUGGGCAAGGGCGUGUCCAAGGUCGCACCAAAGAAUGUGAAGAGCGCACCGAUCAAGGUCACAGCCAAGGGUGCGGCGGGAAUGGUCUCACCUAACAAGGGCGCGGCGGAAAACCAUGGCGCAGCAGGCAAGGGUGCGGUUAACAACGGCGCGCCGAAGAAGGGCGCAGCAAAGGGCGCGACAGGAAUGCCUGCACCAAACAAGGGCGCGGCGGCGACGAACAAGGGCGCGGAGAACAAGGUCCCGGCGAACAAGGGCGCGGCAGGCAAGGGAGCGGCCGGCAAGGUUGCGGCGGACGAGGGCGUGGCGGGCAAGGGCGCAGCGGGAAAGUUCGUGCCGAGCGAGGCGAAUAAGGGCGCGGAGACAGCGAGUCAAAGUGCCAAGAACCAGCCUGCUGCUGCUGCGAUUAUUGGAGCGGCGAACAACAAACCCGUUCGCCCUCACAUGGCGACUGCCGAGGACGUGGCGAUCCAUGGUGGCGCUGAGACAGCAUCAGGCGGCCAACCGUCACGUGGCAAUGCAGGAAUUUCCCCGUCGAACGCCCAACCGCCUCGCCCACACGCCGUCCGUCCUCACAUGGCGCCGGUGCCGGCGACUGCAAGUCACAUCGCCAAGAAUCAGCCUGCUGCUGCGACGAUGGGAGCAAGAAACAAACCCGUGAGUCCUCACAUGGCAACGGCUAACGACGUGGCCAUCCAUGGUGGCGCUAAGACGGCAUCAGGCAGUGCGGAACUUGCCCCGUCGAACGCCCAACUGCCGCGCCAACACGGCGCGCGCCCUCACAUGGCGACGGCAGAGGACGUGGCGAUCGUUCCCCAGGCGCCGGCGCCGGCGACGGCGAGUCACAGCGGCGAGAAUCAGCCUCCUGCGAUGAUGGGAGCAAGCAAGACGCGCGUGCGCCCUCACAUGGCGACGGCUGAGGAUGUGGCGAUCCAUGGUGGCGCUAAGACUGCAUCAGGCAGUGCGGAACUUGCCCCGUCGAACGUUCAACCGCCGCACCAACACGGCGCGCGCCCUCACAUGGCGACGGCUGAGGACGUGGCGAUCGUUCCCCAUGCGCGGGCGCAGGCGCCGGCGAGUCACAGUGCCGAGAAUCAGCCUCCUGCGAUGAUGGGAGCAAGCAAGACGCACGUGCGACCUCACAUGGCGACGGCUGAGGUUGUGGCGAUAAUUCACCCGGGAUCAGCAAAGGCGACAGCGGCGACGACUCUGCGCGCGGGGGAGGGAAAGGCGCGUCCUCACAUGGCGACGGCUGAGGACGCGGCGACCGUUCCCCAGGCGCCAGCACUGGCGCCGGCAGCGGCAGCGCCGAUGGGAGCGGACAGGGAGGAGGAGAUGCAGGCAGAGGCAUGGAGGAAUGGGGUGGCUGAUGACGAGGAUGAUGAUGAGGAUGGUGAUGAGAAGGAUGGCAGCGAUGGCAAAGGCGAUGAUGAGGAGAAGGACGAUGACACCGAGAAUGAUGACAACAACAGCGAGAAGGACGAUGGGAAGGACGAUGAUGAGAAGGACGAUGAGAAGGAAGAUGAGAAGAACGGCAGCGAUGACCAUGGCAAGGACAACGAUGAGAAGGAGGAUCAUGGCAAGGACAAGGACAAUGGCAAGGGCAACAAUAACCUGUUGAGCGACAACGACAGGGGCAAUGACAAGGAAGAUGGGAAGGACCAUGACAACGAUGCUGUCAGCUGGCGUGAGGGGGAGAGCAGCAGCCAAGGACAGCGAAGGGGCAGGACUCAGGCCAUGAACGGAGCAUCAUCUCGCGUGUCUCGCUUCACCAACAACGGUGGCUGGGAGCUUGAGGACAAUCAGCGCACUGGAUUGCACAAGGCACAGCAGUUUUGCAUGGCGACUAGGGAAGAUGUGGCCAUCCUUCGCAGGAGCAGGACUCACAGCACCGCCGAGAGAGAAUCAUCUCGCGUCUCUCACCUUAACAACAACAACGGCUGGGAGCUUGAGGACAGUCAGCGCACUGGGUUGCACAAAGCACAGCAGUUUCGCAUGGCGACAAGCAGCGAUGUGGCCAUUCACAGGAGCAGGGCUCAAGGCACGAACCAUGGUGUGAACCAUGGGAGUGGGCUCAACGGGGCACAGCAGUUUCACAUGGCGACAAGCAUCGAUGUGGCCAUUCACAGGAGCAGGGCUCAAGGCACGAACCGUGGUGUGAGCCAUGGGAGUGGGCUCGGCAGGGCACAGCAGUUUCGCAUGGCGACAAGCAGCGAUGUAGCCAUUCACAGGAGCGGAGCUCAAGGAGGAGGAGGAGGAGGAGAGGAGGAGGAGGAGGAGGAGGAGGAGGAGGAGGAGGAGGAGGAGGAGGAGGAGGAGGAGGAGGAGGAGGGGGAAGGGGGGGGGGGAGAGGGGCGAUUGACAUUGGCACGAUUCUGGAAGUUCACACGCAGUGCUUGGGUCGCAGCGUCCGCGCAGAGCGAGGCGAUCGACCGCCGCGAGCGGCUGCGACGAUUGGCGCUCGAAACCAUCGACCUCGCGAAGGAUCCCUACUUCAUGCGGAACCACCUCGGAAGGUUUUGGGAGUUUCGUUUUGAGGCGCAUCAACUUGCGGUGGACUCGUAUUUCCGGCGGAACGGUCUUGGAAGGUUCGACGCCGCGGGGUUGUGCCCCAAGGAGGCUCGAUGGAAGCUUCUUCCGUUCCUGUCCUCCUCCAUUCCUCCUCCUUUCCUGCUCCUUUCCUCCUCCUUCCCCGUCCUCCUUCCUCCUUCCUUUCCUUUCUCCUCCUUCACUUGCCCUCUUUCUUCUGCCCUUCCCGCUCCACCUGUAGUUAUGAGUGCAAGCUGUGUCUGA